AUGGGGGGAAUUGGCAAGACCACCCUUGCUCAGCUUGUAUAUAAGGACAAUAGGGUGAAGGAACAUUUUGACCUUCAAUCAUGGGUAUGUGUUUCAGAUGAUUUUGAUGUGUUUGGAGUAACUAAAACAGUUCUAGAGUCAGUGACUUCGUCAACUUGUGAUAUGAAGGAUCUAAAUCUGCUUCAAGUUAGACUACAGCAGAAAUUGAUGGGGAAGAAAUUCCUACUUGUUUUAGAUGAUGUUUGGAAUGAGAAUUAUGCUGAUUGGGAGGUCUUAAGUAAUCCAUUUAAAAUUGGGGCACCAGGAAGUAUAGUCCUUGUAACUACACGCAAUGGCAGUGUUGCAUCAAUCAUGAACGCUCUUCCAACUGAUCAUCUAAAGCCGUUAGUGGAAGGAGAUUGUUGGUCACUAUUUGCAAAAUAUGCAUUCCAUGAUGACGAAUUUGAUGCACGUCGAGAGCUAGAAGUAAUAGGUAGACAAAUUGUGAAAAAAUGUGAAGGUCUACCUUUAGCAGCGAAGACAAUUGGGGGUCUCUUGCGUUCUAAACUAGAUGUUGAUGAAUGGCAGAGGAUAUUGAAGAGCGAAUUAUGGGAUUCGUCAUUUGAUAAGACAAAUAUUUUUCCGGCUCUAAGAUUAAGUUAUAAAUAUCUUCCAUCACAUCUAAAGCAAUGUUUUGCUUAUUGUUCAAUAUUUCCCAAGGAUUGUGUUUUAGUAAAAGAUGAAGUAGUCUUAUUAUGGAUGGCAGAAGGUUUCUUAGAAGAAACUAAAAACAAAAGAAUGGAAGAGGUUGGUGAAGAUUACUUCCUUGAUUUGGCAUCAAGAUCAUUGUUGGAACAAUCAAGUGGCAAUAAAUCAAGUUUUGUAAUGCAUGAUCUUGUCAACGACUUGGCAAAAUUUGUGUCUGGGCAAUUUACCUUUAGAUUGGAGGUUGACAAUUCUCCCGAAAUUGUGAACAGGAUUCGUCAUUUGUCGUAUUUUAGAAACGAAUUUGAUAACUUUAAGAGAUUUGGCGUUCCUUACGAGGCUACUCGAUUGCACACAUUCUUGCCAUUGGAGCUGAUGCCAUCGGAUAAUUCCUACUUCUACUUGACAAAAAAAAUACCACUUGAUUUCUUGCCCAAUCUAAGAUGCUUGCGGGUGCUCUCUCUAUCUCACUAUCGAAAUAUGACUGAGUUACCUGAAUCAAUUGGCAAAAUGAAGCAUCUACGUUAUUUGAACCUUUCUUUCACUACAAUUAAAAGGUUGCCUGAUUCCAUAUGUAAGCUGUGCAAUUUGCAAACAUUAAAUUUAUCAGGUUGUAAAGAUCUUUCAAUAUUACCAAGUGAUGUUGGGAAACUCGUUAAUUUACGUCAUCUUGAUAUUACUGGAACUGUCAUAAAGGAGAUGCCAAUGCAGCUAGGUAGACUAAAAUGUUUACAAACAUUAACUAAAUUUAUCAUUAGCAAACAAAAUGGGGCUUGCAUUGAAGAGUUGGGAAAACUUACAAAUCUUCGAGGAAGGCUUUCUAUUUUAGAGCUCCAAAACGUUGUACCUCCUACUGAUGCUUUGAAAGCAUGCUUGAAUGAUAGAAAGUACCUUGAAGAGUUGGUGUUGGAAUGGAAUGCAUUGGAUUCUAAUAUUUCAGAAUGUCAAAGAUCUGUACUUCACAAUCUCCGGCCCCAUAAUAACUUGAAAAGUCUCACCAUCAACAAUUAUGGCGCCGGAAGUCUUCCAGAUUGGGUUGGGGAUCAUUCAUUCUCUAACAUAACAUUCCUACGCCUAGAAAACUCAAUUCUUCAUCAGUUCGGCCAUUUGGAGCCUUGA